UGGGAGACAUGUCUCGAAGAGAUGCUCAGGCAUGACACCAAGAUGGUCGAAGACUGGAAUGACGAGAUCAAUACUAUACUGAUUCUCGCUGGUCUGUUCUCUGCGGUUCUAACAGCUUUCACCGUCGAGUCGUACCAACUUUUGCAGCAAGACCCAGAGCAGGAGUCGGCGGAUACGCUAUCCCAGAUUUCACUGCAGCUCGAGAGC